AUGGCAUGGCGAGGAAGACGAUACAGAGCAAGACGAUGUUUACAAUUUGAUCAACUGAUUGGGCAUAUUCCUCAGCCCAGCGUGCCAGAGCCUCAACAAGAAGAAACAUCAGCUGAAAGUCAGGAUCAUACACCUGGUCAGAAGAGAGAAGAAGAUCAGGGUGCAGCUAAGAUUCAAGUACCUGACCUGGAGGCUGAUCUCCAGGAGCUGUCUCAGUCAAAGACUGGGGAUGAAUGUGGAGACUGUUUUGAUGUCCAGGGGCAGAGUGUGCCAAAAUCAUAG